AUGGUGCCACCAAUUUUAAACAACGAACCAAAUACCAUGAAAAUGGGUCCAAAGGAAUAUUUAAAUGCUAUUCAACCUUCUGGUAUGCCAAAAAUAGAAUAUAUUAUGAGUAGAUAUAGUGCAUCAACAAAUGAAUUGGUUGUAGAAAGAAGUCCACCGGUAGUAACCAAACCAAGAUCAGUAUCAUUACCAAAUAGAGUAGUAUGUUUAAAUUGUAAACAAUGUUAUAACAUUAAUAAAUGUAAUACAUGUGAUCGAUGUUCAAAAGGUUUCUAUUGCUCGGAUGAAUGUAAAUAUGCUCAUUGGCCAAUGCAUAGAAAGAAUUGUGUCAAGUUGGAAAUGGUAAUAAAGCUCAAGAGAAAAACAUUCUAA